AUGGAUGCAGUCCGCACCCGCCACGACGACGCCCUGAAGAUCAUCGAGCGGGCGAUAGCGUCGUCGGCGGGUGAUCGGAAGGACCGGGUUGAGCUGAGGGUUAACCAAACCGUACCCUCGCUCCCCGGACCUGCUCUGCGGCCGGACUUGCAGGUCUACAACCACACCACACGUUCGGUGUCGGUUGUAGACCUUGCUGUGGCCUUUGAAGACCAAGCCACAGACGACCCGAGGACGUCGUCGCUCGCGCGGAUUGCUGAGCUCAAGCGCGCCAAGUACGACUGCAUCAAGCGACACCUUGAGCGUCAAGGUUGGACGGUUCACCUUUCGUCGCUCGUCUACGGUUCGCUUGGUGCAGUCGCCGGUGGUAACCUUGCGGUUUACACCGAGCAACUUGGCGUGCUGAAUCGCGAUGCGAAGCGGCUGGACAGGCACCUUUCUGCUGAGUGCAUUAAGUCCAGCCGCCGCAUAUGGAAUUUGCACUGCGGCCAGCACCGCGAGCGACAGAAUGGUCACGAUCAAGCUCAAGGUCCAAGUCAAGCCCACGUUCAAGGCCGAAGACAUGGACGCUCAAGACAAGAUGCAAGGGGCAGUCUGGUGACGGAGACCGGGGGGACUCCGUCCCAUCGAGGCCGCCGCUAA